AUGUCGUACGGAUACCCGGGACAAGGUUACGGCCCAGGAGGUGGCGGCGGUAACUACGGCCCUCCUCCUCCCCAGGGAUACAAUCAGUAUCCUCCUCAGCAAGGCUACGGCCAGUAUCCUCCUCCGCAACAGGGCUACGGCCAGUACCCUCCGCCUCAACAGCAGGGCUACGGUCAGUACCCGCCGUCUCAGCAGCAGGGGGGCUACCAACAGCAGGGCUACCAACAGCAGGGCUACCAGCAGCAGCAGCCUCCUCCGCAACAGCACAACCAGUACCCUCCCCCGAACCGACCUCCCCCGCCGGGCCUCGACGCCUACGGCUACCCGCUCGACACAGGCGCUCCGAGCUACAGCGACCCGAACCGUGCCGCUCCUCCCCCGCCGUCUAGUGCGCAGCAGUUCGGUCACGGCGCCCCCGACGGCUACACCUUCCAGUACUCGAACUGUUCUGGUUCGCGCAAGGCGCUCUUGAUUGGCAUCAACUACUUUGGGCAGGAUGGCGAGCUGCGCGGCUGCAUCAACGACGUCAAGAACCUCUCUGAGUUCCUGGUCGAGCGAUACAACUACAAGCGCGAGGACAUGGUCCUCCUGACGGAUGACCAGCAGAACCCGGUGAUGCAGCCGACAAAAGACAACAUCAUCAGGGCGAUGCAGUGGCUUGUUAAGGACGCCAAGCCCAACGAUGCUCUCUUCCUCCACUACUCCGGCCACGGCGGUCAGACCGAGGAUCUGGACGGCGACGAGGACGACGGCUUCGACGAGGUCAUCUACCCGGUCGAUUUCAAGCAGGCGGGCCACAUCGUCGACGACGACAUGCAUCAUAUCGUCGUCAAGCCCCUGCCUCAGGGAUGUAGAUUGACAGCCAUUUUCGACUCGUGCCACUCCGGCUCCGUCCUCGACCUGCCCUACAUCUACUCCACCAAGGGUGUUCUCAAGGAACCCAACCUGGCUAAGGAGGCAGGUCAGGGUUUCCUUGACGCCAUCGGUGCGUACAGCCGCGGUGACAUGGCAGGCGUCGCUAGCACCGUGUUUGGAUUUGCCAAGACGGCUAUGCGCGGCGGAGAUGCCGCCCAUCAAAAGACCAAGGAGACGCGUACCUCACCGGCGGAUGUCAUCAUGUGGUCGGGCAGCAAGGACGAUCAGACCUCAGCCGAUGCGACCAUUGCUUCUCAGGCCACCGGUGCCAUGUCCUGGGCUUUCAUCACUGCCAUCAAGCAGAACCCGCAGCAGAGCUACGUGCAGCUUCUGAACAGCAUUCGCGACGUUCUUGAGACGAAGUACACCCAGAAGCCACAGCUCUCGUGCAGUCAUCCCAUGGACACAAAUCUGCUGUUCGUGAUGUGA